AUGAAUCCCUUGCACUGCCGCUCCAUCGGAAUGUUCAGUCUUAUCUUGUGGAGUUUGGCGUUCGGUACAACGGUAGCAUUGUCGUCGCUUUCUGGGCCAACAAAUAGUCCAACCGCGAGCAAGAAACGUGUGCACAUCGUGACGGGUGCCAGCGGAUACGUAGGCCGAGCCAUUGUGCAUCAUAUUUGCGAAAACGCUUCAAUAUCGCUUAUUCAAUCCGAGGUACAUCAUUGUCAAGACGUUUUGUGUUUGGUACGACCAAAUCGAGUGGCGACCGAGCAAGCGUACUGGAACAUACUUUUGCAAGAUAUCGCAUCGCCCGUGUCCGUCCGUGUCCUUCCCUACGAUAUGUUGGAUGGUGGAGCAAGUCUUAAGGACGCACUCGCAUCUGUGGUGGUGGAACAAGAUCACGCCGAGACGUGUGUCUAUCACGUGGCUUCCGUGUUCGGUCCAACCGAAGAUCACCAACAAACGGCACUAGACAAUGUAAAGGGAACGGAAGACUUGGUGCGUACCUUGGUAGAUUCUGGCAUGACUUGCCGGCUCAUCAUGACUUCGUCUAUGGCGGCCGUUCGAGGCUCUGGACAAAGGCCACGAAACGGAAAGUAUUAUACCGAACAAGACUGGAACACAAUUAGCCUGUUGGGUGCCAACUGGGGCGCCAGUUAUCAAUGGUCCAAAGCGGAAUCGGAACGCAAAGCCUGGGAGAUCUGCCGACACCACAACAUUCCAAUGGUGGCACUUUGUCCUUCUUUCGUCUUUGGACCUCCUCGGGAUUCGAUUAAUAGUAAUUCAUAUUCUAUCACUUUGGUUGGUCAAUGGGCGAGAGGGGAAUCUCAAGUGCAAAGCCGUCUUUUUGUUGAUGUACGAGACGUCGCUGCAGCACAUGUGGCCGCCGCCAUCGAGCUGGAGGCUGCUGGCCAACGGUACAUCGUUUCUUUGGAAACGCGAGCUCCUAGUCAAGACAUUGCGACGUGGUUGCGAGAGGUAUGCCAAACUACCGGACUGUCUGAUCCGGAAAAGGUUCAUUUUGACGGAGAAUUUGACGGUGGCGCAAUCCCUAUCGGAAGCAAAGAAGUGGACGCAAUCGACCGGCUACGAAGGGAACUGAGAGUUACAUUGCGUCCUAUCAAAGACACGAUAAGGGACAUGGCUGGAAACUUACUCAAAGAAACCGCGCAAAAUGACUGCUAA